AAUAACUCUCACUCCUCAAUCUUACAAAACCAAACCCUCAGAAGCUUCAUCAUCUACCAUCUUAUAAAUCCCUCCACUAGCUUUCUCUCUUGGCAGCAACUUCAAGGGUUUUUCUAUAGGAAUCAUGGGUUACUCUGUUUUAUUGCUCUUGUUCAUACUCUGUUUCACAGAACUUUCAGUCUCUGAGAUUCUUCUCCCACUAACCCACUCCCUCUCCAAAACCCAAUUCACCUCCACCCACCACCUCCUCAAAUCCACCUCCACCCGCUCCGCCGCACGCUUCCAACACCACCAUAAACGCCACCGUCAAGUCUCCCUCCCUCUCGCUCCUGGCAGUGACUAUACCCUCUCGUUUAAUCUUGGCUCCCACUCUCCGCAAUCCAUCUCUCUCUACCUUGACACCGGCAGCGACCUCGUCUGGUUCCCAUGCCGCCCCUUUGAAUGCAUACUCUGCGAAGGCAAAACCUCCCCUGACGCAACCCCACUACCCAAUAUCACUUCCUCCUUCUCCUCCGUCCCUUGCAAAUCCGCUGCUUGUUCUGCCGCACACUCCAAUCUCCCCUCCUCCGACAUAUGCGCAAUCGCUGACUGCCCUUUAGAAUCAAUCGAAACUUCCGAUUGCCAUUCAUUUUCGUGUCCGAAAUUCUACUAUGCGUAUGCUGAUGGCAGCUUUGUUGCUCGUCUUUAUCGGGAAUCCCUUUCGCUGUCAUCUCUUGUUCUCCAUAAUUUCACUUUUGGCUGCGCUCACACCGCACUCGCAGAACCAAUCGGGGUUGCUGGGUUCGGCCGUGGCGUGCUUUCAAUGCCUGCCCAGCUCGCCGAAUACUCUCCUCAUCUCGGUAACCGGUUUUCAUAUUGUUUAGUAUCUCACUCGUUUGACUCGGAACGAGUUCGCCGUCCGAGCCCACUUAUCCUCGGACGCUACGAAGAUAAAAAGAAAAAAGAAGGCGAAUUUAAUGAUAUUCAGUUUGUUUAUACUUCCUUGCUCGAAAAUCCGAAGCACCCGUAUUUCUACUCUGUUGGGCUUCAGGGAAUCUCCGUCGGGAAGAAGAAAAUCCCGGCGCCGGAGAAGUUGAAGAGGGUCGAUCGUAAAGGGAGCGGAGGGAUGGUGGUGGAUUCGGGGACCACAUUCACGAUGUUGCCGGCAAGUUUGUACGACUCUGUGGUGACUGAGUUCGAUAACCGAGUUGGGCGAGUUCACGAGCGAGCUAGUGAGAUUGAGGGGAAGACUGGACUGAGUCCCUGCUAUUACUACGACGGUAUUUUGAAUGUCCCCAACGUCGUUUUGCAUUUUGUGGGGAAUGGAUCCUCUGUGGUGCUACCUAGGAGGAACUAUUUUUACGAUUUCGUGGACGGUGGCGAUGGAGUUUCGAAGAAGCGGAAUGUUGGGUGUUUGAUGCUGAUGAACGCCGGAGAUGAGGAGGAGCUGAGGGGUGGGCCCAUGGCGACACUUGGCAAUUAUCAGCAGCAGGGUUUUGAAGUUGUUUAUGAUUUGGAGAAGCAGGUGGUUGGGUUUGCGAGGAGGAAGUGCGCAUCUUUGUGGGAUAGCUUGAAUAAAAGCUAACGUGCGCUGGAUUGACUUCUUCGAUUAAGUCCCAUAGUGAGGUUUGACCGCACGUGUGGGCUCCGUGUGUAAAUAAUAAGAUUAUGUCCACUUCAUGUUUUGCUUCAUGAACUCACUUGUAAGAACGUAUAUAUGGAUACGAAAGUGUAUAUAUUGAUACACCAUCUUGUGCAUAUAGUGGAUGUUGGAAGCAAAUAAUUAAGUGCUAAAGGAGUUGUAGAAACAUGUUUAAAUUGGUUUUGGAAAAAUUAAUGAUCUUAUGAUUCUCAA